GCUGCAGUUGCGGGAGGAGGCGGCCCGGUGCUCCCGGUGCUCGGCGCUGGAUCUCUUCAAGCUGCCCGUCGGCGAGGCGAGGAGGCAGCUCCAGGGGCUGAUGUUCGGCAUGGCCAAGCGCAUCGAGAGCCUGGAGGAGCGCUUGGAAGCAGUGGAGACACUGGCAUCUUCCUGCAGCCCCGAGAAGAACACUGCCCGGAGCCUGCAGCUCUUCCUGCCAGACCCCAGACCCAGGAAGAACAGGAGUGCUGGCUCAGUUUUGCCAACCAAGAGGAAGAUCCCGGGCGAGUCUCUUAUUAACCCUGGCUUCAAAAGCAAGAAGGCACCAUCUGGAGUGGAUUUUGAAGAUUCCUGACCUGGCUGUCCCAUCCCCUGAUGCCCAGAGCCUUGUCAACCACGUGUGUGGCUGGUGGAGGUUUUGCUGCACCCUGGGCCUGCCAAGCCCCUUGCGCCUGGAGAGGUGGACGGGGCAAGCAUGACCCAGAGGGCUGGCCUCAGCUGGUGUGGCAAGGCCAUUGUGGGGGACAGAUAGGGCAGGGGUAACAGGAGUGGUGGCUUUUCUCCCUGCAGCUCUUCCCUGCUGGCAGGGGCCACCUCUCUACCUCACUUGCCUUGAAUUGGUGGGGUUUUUAAAGAGCUUUUAUAUCAUGAUGUAACAAAAAGAUUGCCUGUGCUUAACUUACUGCCAGUAAAGGUGGUUUUAGCCAGCUGGUCUCUAGGAACCGGGACAGUG